GGGUUUUCUAGACGGAGCUGGGAGGUGCAGCUGCGGGAGAUCACCGGAGGGGGAGCGUGGGUCCUGACUGGGGGUUUGCCAGCAGGGCAAGGUGCUUCUCAACUGCUCCCUCGGGCCUCCCAGGAGCCUCUGGAGGAAGCUGAGCUGUUUGAGGUUUGGGGGCAGAGCUCAGCAGAGCCACAGAGGCCCCGGGAUUCCCCCCAAGGCAGCUCCCUUUGGCUGCGGCUAUCUGCCUGCUCCUCACCGGCUGACAGACCGUCGCCGUCCUGGGUUCCGGAGGCUGAGCAGGUGGGGGUCAGCCAGGCUGUUUCCGAACAUGGCCAUGGCCCAUUAGAGGGCCAGGAAAUCAGCCCAGGAGCUCAGGACCUGCCUGCAGGGAAACAAAAUGGGAUAGCCGAGAUCGGAGUGCGUUGCAGACGGUGGGAGGCUCACUCACCACCAAGGGGGCCCAGCCUCUGACCCAGCUUGAACCACAUCCUGUGAACAGCAUGGCGGCAGAGAGACGGGCCCAUCCCCUGUGCCCAUGAAUGGGGAGCCUCUUCCGGCCCAAAGAUGGGGAACAUCACAGCAAACGGCUCCUCGAUGAACUGCACCAUUGACCACACCAUCCACCAGACGCUGGCCCCCGUGGUCUACGUCACGGUGCUGGUGGUGGGCUUCCCGGCCAACUGCCUGUCUCUCUACUUCGGCUACCUGCAGAUCAAGGCCCGGAACGAGCUGGGCGUGUACCUCUGCAACCUGACGGUGGCCGACCUCCUGUACAUCUGCUCGCUGCCCUUCUGGCUGCAGUACGUGCUGCAGCACGACAACUGGCUGUACGGCGACCUGUCCUGCCAGGUGUGCGGCAUCCUCCUCUACGAGAACAUCUACAUCAGCGUGGGCUUCCUCUGCUGCAUCUCCAUCGACCGCUACCUGGCCGUGGCCCACCCCUUCCGCUUCCACCAGUUCCGCACCCUGAAGGCGGCCGUCGGCGUCAGCGUGGUCAUCUGGGCCAAGGAGCUGCUGGCCAGCGUCUACUUCCUCCUGCACAAGGAGGUGGUGGAGGACGGGAACCAGCACCGCGUCUGCUUCGAGCACUACCCGCUGGAGCCAUGGCAACGCGGCAUCAACUACUACCGCUUCCUGGUGGGCUUCCUCUUCCCCCUCUGCCUGCUGCUGGCCGCCUACCGGGGCAUCCUGCGGGCCGUGCACCGCAGCCACGGCACGCAGAAGAGCCGCAAGGACCAGAUCCAGCGGCUGGUGCUCAGCACCAUGGUCAUCUUCCUGGCCUGCUUCCUGCCCUACCACGUGCUGCUGCUCGUGCGCAGCCUCUGGGAGUCCAGCUGCCAGUUUGCCAAGGGCAUCUUCAACGUCUACCACUUCUCCCUGCUCCUCACCAGCGUCAACUGCGUGGCCGACCCGGUGCUGUACUGCUUUGUCAGCGAGACCACCCACCGGGACCUGGCCCGCCUCUGUGCCGCCUGCCGCGCCUUCCUCACCUGCUCCAGGACCGGCGGGCCCAGGGAGGCCUUCCCACUGGGAGCCCCCGAGGCCUCCACGGGGAAAAACGAGGAGCCCGAGUUGUUACGGAAGCUCCACUCGACGACCUUUCAGACCUCUAACUCACCUGGAGGGGCAGGGUCGCCCACAGCCAGGCUGGCCUAGCCAGAAUCCCCCAUGUGUGGGGUGAGUGAGGCCUGAGCUGACUGGCUGGCCACCCCUGCUUUCUGCUGGAGGGAACGAUGGGCUGGGGUCACCAAACCCUGGGCCUGGGCUGCUGCAAGGCCUCUCUGGUGUCAGGGGGCCUGCUGGAGCCUGCAGGGUGCCCCCGUCUGCUCAGGGGUGUCUUCUGUUGCAGCUGGGUCGCUGGCGGGAGGAAGGCAAUGAACUGUCAGCUCCAGAAGGUUUGCAAAGGGAAGCUGGGAUGGGGGUGCAGAGUUCAAGGGGUGCUGGGAGAUGGGGGUGUGCACCUGCCAGGGCCUUCCAGUGCCACUGUGUCACAGAUGACACCUGCCCAAAUGCAUAGGUGGUGCAGCUGAGGAGGUGACAAAGCUGUGUGGUCAUUGUCAACCAUGGAGCCUUUCUCUGCCCCCCCCCCAUGGAGGGAGCAAAAGGGAGAGGCUCGGGGCCAGGAGGCUGGAUGGGAGGAGCUUAGUGCCACCCCAGGGACCCGCCCACCUUCACAGACAUGCCAGCCCCGGGCCAGCCCCGUGCCAGCCCUCCAGAUGUUCGGGUGGAUGUGCUGGAGCCAGCUCCCACCUCCCUGGAGUCUGAGUCCCUCACAGAGUCUGGGGCGGGGCCAGGGAUGAGGAGAUAGAAGUUGGCAUCGGCAGAAUGAUUGUGGAAUCUGCUAAGGGGAGGGCCAGGAGAACAUCUUCAAUCUUUCUUCCCCUCCCUGUACCCCACCCAUCAGAGAGCCCAGAGAACCCCGCCUAAAGGCAGAGAGUCCAGGCCGGGUUGCCACGAACUGGGGUACCAGGCUUACACGUGGCUUUGACCGGGCAGCACCUGCCCCAGCUCCUUACAGCGGGUCUCCCGUGACCUGAGGAGGUUCCCUCCCUCUUCCUGGAGGAGGAAGCAGCCAGGUCCGAAGGUGGCUGAAAUGGCCAUACAACCAGAAACCCCCCAGGGGGCUCUUCCUGGGGCAGCGGCACCGGCCGAGUGCUCCAUGCCUCCUCCCUCCAAACGUCCCCCUGGUCUGACCAUAAACAUGGGUGUUCCCACCGGGUGGGACUGGAGGAGCGGAGGGUGGCUCCACAGCCUAUCGAGAGUUGUAUUUUCGGAUUGUCCUUUUAUGCCAAGUAUGUGUGUGUCGGACUGUGCGAUGGAUUUGUGUAGCAAACUUGAGUCUGCAAAUAAAGUACCCAGCUGCGGCCGGAGUGUGCUGUGCAGUCCUCCUGGGGAAGGAGGGUCUUCUAACACCAGGGGACCCAGGGGGUCCCCCAAACACCCGACAG